AUGAAGAUCCUCCUCAUCUCCACCUUCUUCUUAAUCUCAGGUCCAGCAGCUUGCUUUGAUGUGAUUGGCUACUCAAGAGGCAGCAUCAUUAUCUACUGCAAUAACAAACAAAAAGUUGUGAAUGGUGGAUAUUUCUGUAAAGAAUCAACAGACCAGUGUGUGUUUCUGGAAUCUGAUCAAACACAGAACUCAUGGGAUCAUAAAGACAGAGUUUCUGUACGUCUCAGAUUCGAAUACCUUAGAGUUUUCUACAAAGAUCUGAGAUUGGAAGAUGCUGGAUCAUAUCGAUGUGGAGAGACUGGAGGGGCGAGUCAUGCUGUGAACCUGAGAGUGAAAACAGAUCCGUGUUGUCUGGGACCAAAGUCUGUGAUUGGUUAUCUGGGAGAAACCGUCACCAUCAACUGUAACUAUCCAGAGGAGUUUCAGACAAACAACAAGACCUUCAACAAACAGGUCGGGCCAUACUUAUCUCCUAUGAUCUCUACCACUGAUUCUCAGAAAGGAAGAUUCUCCAUCUCUGAUAACAGAAGAUCUAGAGUUAUCAGUGUGAGAAUCAGUGAUGUGAGAGAAGAUGGAGGAGUUUAUUACUGUGGAGAGCGGAUUGGAAGGAAUGAAGUCAGUUAUCUUCUCCUCUACACAGAGAUUCAUCUGCAGGUUUCUGCUUCAAGUCCCUCAAUCAUCAUCAUCAUCAUUUUGAGCAUCUGUGUGACUCUGCUGCUGAUUGGAGGACUAACACUGAUCUUCUUUAUUGUGAUUCUCAAGAAGAGACAAGGAUCUCCAAACAAGCAAAGUGGGACCAAUGAUCCAAUUGAUGUGGAUUCUGAAAAUGAUCCACCCAGAAAUAAUCAGAACUUCGGCAUGGAUUCAACCUACCAGAAUCAACCCCCCAACAUCAACCAAUCAGAUUCAGUCUACCAGAGCCUAGACCCAAAAAACAAUCAAUCAGAUUCGGUCUACCAGACUCUGAGCCCAAAUUCCAACCAAGCAGAUUCAGUCUACCAGAGCCUAGACCCAAAAACUAACCAAUUAAAUUCAGUCUACCAUAAUCUUAACCCAAAUGCCAACCAAUUCAAUUAG